UCUGAUAGUAAAAAUUUGAAUUUUAGUACUCCUAAUAUUCAGUUGUUAACAAAGGAUGGGUUGAAGCCGCCUUUAAAUCCUUCAAAUAUGAAGAAAAAAUCAAACCCACGAUUUGUUGGUAUGGAUAACAAACGUAUAGCCCGAUUAAGUGAUAAUGCUGGGAUUGAUAAUCCAUUGUUCGAUCGUGCUGCCAAGACAGCUCGUGAGAUGGAUAAUUCAUCUGUUUUUGUUCAGAACCCGGGUUGUGAUGAUGAAGAACUGGUGGAUGCCUCCAUUGUUGAUGAUGAUCUGUUGAAGCAACAACAUGGAGAGGAUACGCCUGUAGUGGGAGAUGAGGCGCCUGGUGUGUAUGGUGCUUCAAGAGACCCUAAUGCAGUUGGUUCGGAUGGGCAGAGUCAAAAAGAUCAGGCCCAAGAAAGGGAAAAUAAUGGGUCUGUACUGAAGAAAUCGUGGACUGAAGUUCUGAAGCCAAAGACAGCGUUUAAACGUAUGGAGUUCGAGUAUCACUGUCCUGAGGUUGUUGAUGGCAAGAUUAUAAUUAAACCUCCGUUAAGUGUUGAUAUUCAGGGACGGAAAGCUUGGGAAAACUGCCUUGUUGGAUACUUCUUUGAGAAUCGUGUUGCGUUUCAUGUGAUGGAAUAUACUGCCAAGAGGCGUUGGUCUAAUUGUGGUCUCACUGAUGUGAUAAUGAAUGAGGAAGGGUUCUUUUUCUUUAAAUAUGCUACGGAAGAGGAUUUAUUGGGAAUUCUCGAAGAAGGAGUUUGCAUGGUGAAUGGCAAGCCUUUUAUUCUUCAGCGAUGGUAUCGGCAAAUUGUCUUGGCUCAAGAUGUUCCGAAGACAAUUCCAUUAUGGGUAAAAAAUUUCAAUGUCCCUCUCCAAUACUGGAAUAAGGUAGGGUUAAGUCGAAUUGGGAGCGGUGUAGGGAACAUCCUAAUGGCAGAUGGGCUCACAGAGAAAGUUUGUAAGGAGGGUACAGGUAGGUUGAGCUUUGCUAAAUUAUUAAUUGAAGUGGAUGCCAAUAAACAACUCCCAGAAACUCUUUAUGUUCACAUUCCUAGUGAUGACUUUAUGGAGCCUGUUGAAGUCAGCCUUCGAGUUGAAUAUCCAUGGAGACCUUCGUGGUGUUCCCAUUGCUCGAUGUUUGGUCAUUCGGUGCAUGAUUGUUUGAUUCUUGCUGCUAUUCAGGUGGCUGCUGAUAAAGAAGGUAUUGUCAAGAAAGCCAGGAAUGGAGAAUCGGAGGAUUUUAUUAAAGUGCAGAGAAAGGUAAAAGCGAAAAUAGGUGGUAACCAUUCUGCUGAUGUUCGAAAUUUUAAUCAAGCAGGAGGUGUUGGCAGGGGUAAUUGGAAAAGGAAAGGAGAAGGGAAAAAAUAUGGUAGUCAGCAAUGGAAAGGGGAAUCUUCAGGUGUGAAAAGUAUGCCACCACCGAAAGAUAAUAUUGGUCUGGUGCAGCGUAAUAAAAUUAGUGUUUUGGCAUCGAGCAAUGUCAUUGAUAAUUUAGAACGAGUCAGUGUUGCAGUGCCGCAGGGGAAAGUGAAGCCAAUUAAAAGAUCUGGCCAGGACGGUAACCCUGUUUGAAAAUCCGCUGAUUAUCAUGGUGAUAGAUCUCAAGAAAAUGAGGUCGAAAAUUGUGAGAUGAAUUCUGAGGCUGAGGUGGAAUCGGAUCCAGAAGAGAUGGCUCAGUUUAUUGGAAGUCAUGUUCGGCCAGAUAUUCCCUUUAUGUCAGAUGUAAAUAGUGAAUAUGAUGACCAAGAGAAUAUUGAUGGAGAAGUCAGAAUGGAGAUUAGCCGUGGACAGGCGGGUAAAGGUGAAACUUUUUCUAAUGUUAUCAAUGAAUAAUAUUUCUUGCUGGAAUGUUAGAGGAUUUAAUCCAUCCUUUAAAAUGAAAGACAUGGUUGAUUUAAUUCGUGAGAAUAAAAUUGGAUUGUGUGGCAUUGUAGAAACUCGUGUGGCUAAAAAUAGAGUUAAUUCUGUAUUUAAUAAAAUGUUCCGUCGGUGGAAGUGGAUGUCUAAUGUGGAAAAAUGUGAGAAAAAUUGUCGUAUUGUUCUAGGGUGGGAUCCUGGUGCGUACGUCGUUACUUCUUUGUUUGAUACGGAUCAAGUAAUGCACUGUGUCGUUGAGCAGCUCAGCUCUGGAAAUUAGUUUUAUUGUUCUACGGUGUAUGCAGCUAAUGAUCAUGUGCCUAGGCGUGAGCUGUGGCAUUCGAUUAAUAUGUUUAAGCAUUUGGUGGGGGAUUCUCCGUGGAUAAUUAUGGGGGAUUUUAAUGCUACUUUGACUGAUGAUGAGUAUGCAGGUGGUAAUGUGAGUUCAACAGCCUCGGCAGAUUUCCAGCAGUGCGUUCAGGAGGUGGAGGUUUUUGAUCUUCACUAUUCUGGAAUGUACUUCACCUGGUCCGGUAGUCCUCAUGGUAGUGGUGUGGUUAAAAAACUAGAUCGUAUUCUGGUAUAUACAGGAUUUAUUAAUAAAUUUCAGACAGCGAAAGCUAGGUUCUUGGCCCCUAAAACCAGUGAUCAUAGUCCAGUGGUCCUCGAUUUUAGUGUUUCUAAUAAUACUACUGCUAAAGGGCCCUUCAGAUUUCAGAAUUUUCCUGCUUAUCGGAAGAAUUUCAGAGAGAUAGUUCAGAAGGGGUGGGAAUAUAAUCCAGGGGGUGUCAAGAUGUACCAAUUAGUUAAAAGAUUGAAGUAUCUGAAACCAACUUUCAAGAAAGAAGCGUGGAAAAUCGGGUAACAUUUGUUCAAAAGUGAAGGAUUUAAAGUUAAACUUGGAAAAUAUUCAUCUAGUGCUUGCCAGUGAUCCGUUAAAUGAUGAAUUAAAACGGGUGGAAGCUCAAAUUGCUAGAGAGUAUCGGGAGGCCUCUAUUGAGGAAGAGCGGCAUUUGAAGCAAAAAUCAAAAAUUCACUGGUUAAAUGUGGGAGAUCAGAAUAGAAAAUUUUUUCAUAAAAGUUUGCAAUUGCGGAGAAAUUGCAAUAGAAUUUCGGCUAUAUGUGAUGUUCAAGGUACGGAGGUGGAGGGAGAUUUGAUGAAUCCGCAAUUUGUUAAUUUUUAUCAAAAUCUCCUUGGAAAGAAAGACCACUGUGAGAGUAUUGAUUAUUUGGAGCCUUAUUUUAAUAAUCUGGUGCCUCCUGAAAUGUGUGCUGAUAUGGUGAAAGAGGUGGCUGAUGCUGAAAUAAAAGAAGUAUUUUUUUCUAUGGGGGAUGACAAAGCUUCGGGGCCGGGUGGCUAUUCAGCGAGAUUCUUUAAAAGUGCUUGGCCUAUUAUAGGUGCUGAUGUGUGUGAGGCUGUCAAGGAAUUCUUCAGAACAGGGAAGCUGUUGAAAGAGGUUAAUGCUACUCUAAUCGCGUUAAUUCCUAAAGUUAAAUGCCCGCGCCAUGUGAGUGAGUUCAGACCAAUUACGCUCUGUAAUGUUUUAUAUAAGGGAAUCUCUAAAAUUCUGGCUAACAGGAUCAAAGACUGUCUUAAUGUCAUUAUUGAUGAUAAUCAGAAUGCGUUCCUCUCGGGCCGACGAAUCAGUGAUAAUAUUCUUCUCACUCAGGAGCUGUUUAGAAAUUAUCGCAGAUGUGCUUUUAAAGUAGACAUAAAGAAGGCGUAUGAUAGUGUGAGUUGGGAAUUUCUUUUCUCAGCCAUGAGGUUAUUUGGGUUUCCGGAUCAAUUGAUUCACUGGAUUAAGGAGUGUGUUACUUCUCCGAGUUAUUCAGUUAUUAUCAAUGGUGAAACACAUGGAUUUUUCAAAGGUGAAAAAGGGCUCAGACAAGGCGAUCCGAUAUCGCCUUAUCUUUUCACAAUUGUUAUGCAGGUGCUAACCUAUGUACUAAAAAAAAGAAUUUCAGAGGCUGGAAAUGUCAAGUAUCAUGCAAAGUGUGAAAAACUGGGGAUUACUCACUUAUGCUUUUCUGAUGAUUUAUUCCUAUU